UGCGUCAACAGUCUCUAUGUUAUACCUCUAUCCGGGUGUUCAUGUUUCCUGGUGAUAUUGUGCUUGUGUUGUACCCAGUACUCGACUGAUUCUCUUUGUCUGCACGGUGUCGUAAAGUACUAACACAAGGAUCGAGCAACAUACUAUUACUGACAUUAACAGGCUGAUAACAAAAUGAGGAAAUAUUUAAGUCAGGAUGUGUAAAUUCAACAGAAGAUUAACGAAAUUGUGAUGAUGCCGACAAGUGGAGAGAUGUAAUUCAAACACCAUUGAGGAGAGUUUUGAUACACUAUGACCAACAUUGUGGAUACCAUGGCAAUGAGUAAUGGCAGUACCACUAUGGCAAAUGAUGCAGCGUCAAUUUACUUCAACAACAACACCACCACAGGGAUGGACAUAUUUAACCUGACCAUGGCCAGCAACAUCACCGACCUAUCCAAUGGAACCGCAAUCGUUGCUUCCGCUGCAGAUCUUAAAUGGGCGAAGGUGAUCUACACGUACCUGGGGCCGAGCAUCUGUGCCUUUGGUAUCUUGUGUAAUGUACUGAACUUGAUUGUGCUGAUGCAGCACCAGUUGAAGGAGUCGCCCUACACAUAUCUGACAGGACUGGCUUUCACAGACUUGGGUGCCCUCCUCCUCUCAUUCCUUUAUAUGGUCUUCUCGCAUAAAAACCAAGGCGUGUACUUCUGGCGGUUUUUUGAAGCCCACAUAUUCCUUCCCUUCGUGAAUAUAUGUACCAACUCCAGCGUAUGGAUUGUAGUACUGCUCACGAUUGAGCGGUUUCUUUUUGUGCGGCAUCCUCUGUGGGCGAAAGCCACAUGUGACCGUACCAGUGCUAAGGUUAAAAUUGUCUGCAUUAUACUUUUGAUUCUAGCACUAAACAUUCCUCGAUUCCUAGUAUUUAAAGUGAGCUACACUGCUAAUGGUACACCAUUCCUGGACUCCACAGUAUUCCGUAAGAGUGACACCUUUCACGCUAUUAACUGGGUUUACGCAUUGGUCAUCAACUUCAUUCCAUUGGUGAUCCUCAGCACUGCCAACAUCUAUUUGGUGGUGGCAGUCAAACGAGCAAGCAUCCAGAGAGAGGUACUGCAGAUACGAAACAACAAGGAGGCAGCGUGGCAGCGUGAACAGAUGCGCCUCACUAUCACACUCAUAAGCAUAGUGUUUCUAUUUAUCAUUUGCAUAAUUCCCUCAGCCUUUGCAGACUUCCCGAUCGCAUAUGCACUUUUCGGAGAGGGCUAUACACAAGCUGCAUUUCGCCAACUUGCAGCAUAUCGCAUCACUGGUUACAUCAGCAACCUGCUUGUAUGGUGUAAUCUUUCUAUUAACUUUGUCCUUUACUGUGCAUUUAACAACAAAUUUCGUCGUGUCAUGUGCUGGACCUUCAAAAAUAUUUUUCACUUUCAUCGCAAGGAUGGUUCUUUUUUAUUAUUGGUCAAUUUCAAAAACGGACAUUCCAUAACACGCAACAACAGCAGCCAAACCAACAGCAUGAGCAUGCAGACGAAGGUCUCGUCACUUUCUCCCGAUGCCCUAUUGAGGUUGGAGAAGUCGGACAGCAAGAAGAACUCCAUCGCAGCCACUCUGUAUGAAAAGCCAGAACCGCUGUCUGACAAGGAUGAGGACAAUGAAAAUGAGUGAGUCAAAUGCAGGUCAUGUGAUAAUCAUGUGUUACAUUUGAGUCUUAAUGCAAGUCAGGUGGAACAUGUUACCAGAACAAGUUUGAGUUGAAUGAGCUUGAACUGGACCAGAUCUUAGGUGUCCACACUUCGGAUAGACCUCCUUGUCUUCUGUUAAAAGGCUACUGUGUGGUCAUUUGUGGUGAGAGAAACAGACUAUAAGUGCUAUAUGAGGAAGUGCUAUAUGAGGAAUGCACCACAAGUUCACCACAGUGAUGUCAUUAAAACAGUAUACCAUGAGGAACAUUUAAAAUGGUGAUGGCAGCAAACUGUGUAUGUUUAUGAGAUACAAAUUUUAAUUGGUCAUCAACUGUUCAUAGAGAUAAAUCAUAGAGCCAGUCAUCAGUAAAUGUGUACUGUGAUGAACUGUGAACUAUGAUGAUGUCAUCAAUAAAUGUGUACUGUGAUGUCGCCUUUGGACUAGGACGAUGUCAUCAAUAAAUGUGUACCAAGUAAGACAAGUUGUGGACUAUGUUGUCAUCCAUAAUUGUGUGUUUUGAUGAGCCAAAGAGUGAUGAUAUCAUCAGUAAGUGUGUUUUAUGAUGGCCUGUAGACUAUGAUGAUAUGCCAUUAAUGACUGUAAUGUAAUGAGCUGUGAAUUAUGAUGUCAUCAUUAACUGUGUACUAUGAUAUGCUGAAAACUCUGAUGUCAUCAAUAACUGUGUACAAUGAUAUGCUACUAUGAUGUCUUCAUUACCUGUGUACCCCAAUGAGCUGUGAACUAGCUAUGAUGAAUUUUCAUCAAUAAGUGUGUACUGUGAUGAUACAAACAAAUCUACCUGUGUUCUAUGUUUACGUGCCUCAAUAACAAAUGAAUACUGUAUAACAUACUGAUAUAUUGCCAGGAUUAUGUCAGCAAACUAUAGAACAUUCACGUAUGUGCAUUUACAUAAAAUUCAAAUGCCUAAACUCCAUCCUUUCAGAGAUUCUUUUAUCGUAAGUUUGUAGAAUUUAAAACGUCCAAAUCAUCUUAGUGAUCCAUCACACAUGUAGGGUGUGUUCUAGAACGAAAUAUUCUCCUGAUCAGUGAAACGAUGUGGUAGUUGGAUGUACAUAAGAGUAUUUUUAUUGUCUAUAUAGAUAUAUAUAUAUAUUACGUUUCCUCAUUGUUUCAGCUCCUCAUUGUUGUUAUCUUGUCAGUCAUUAGAGUAAAUAAAGCCCUUUUGUUGU